CCCGCGCGCAGGCGGCAGCUAGCCUCUCCAAUCGACCGGGGAAGUCACGCGCGUUCGGGUCAGUGAGAAAAAUCGCCCCGCAGCCCGCAUUUCCCCAGCCAGCAGGCAGCAGCCUUGGUGAGACCUCGCGUUGUACCGUACGUACGUGACAUCGCCGGAAACCAGCGUGCCGCCCAGGACGAUGGCGCCGCGCCAGCCGCUGCUCCCCAGCUUCCUCUACGCGGCGUCGUCGCCCGGCGGCAGGGAUGCGCGGCCUCCGGUGGUGGUGGCGAGGGCGCCGAGCGAGCCGCCGUUCGGCAAGAUCGAGAUGUUCUCGCCCGCCUACUACGCGGCGGGCGCCAUCGGCGGGGCCGCGGCCUGCGGGUUCACGCACGCCGCCGUCACGCCGCUCGACGUCAUCAAGUGCAACAUCCAGAUCGACCCUGCCAAGUACAAGAGCACCUCGUCGGCGUUCGGCGUGGUGAUGAGGGAGCAGGGCCUCCGGGGCUUCUUCAGGGGGUGGGCGCCGACGUUCGUGGGCUACAGCGCGCAGGGCGCGUUCAAGUACGGCCUCUACGAGUUCUUCAAGAAGAAGUACGCCGACAUGGCCGGACCCGAGUACGCCGCCAAGUACAAGACCGUCAUCUACCUCGCGGGAUCGGCCACCGCCGAGGUCUUCGCCGACGUCGCGCUCUGCCCCAUGGAGGCCGUCAAGGUCCGGGUGCAGACGCAGCCUGGGUUCGCCAGGGGGCUCAGCGAUGGAUUCCCCAAGAUCGUCAGGGCCGAAGGCUACGCAGGGCUAUUCAGAGGACUGGUUCCUCUUUGGGGGCGACAGAUUCCCUACACCAUGAUGAAGUUCGCGACAUACGAGAACAUCGUGGAGGUGACCUACAAGCACCUCAUCCCGACGCCAAAGGAUGAGUGUAGCAAACCUCUCCAGCUCGGAGUCAGCUUCGGGAGCGGCUACGUCGCCGGAGUCUUCUGCGCCGCCGUUUCGCACCCUGCAGACAACUUGGUUUCCUUCCUCAACAACUCCAAGGGAGCCACCGUUGGAGAUGCUGUCAAGAACCUUGGCUUGUUGGGCCUUUUCACCCGCGGCCUUCCUCUUCGCAUUCUGAUGGUCGGUACCCUGACUGGAGCUCAGUGGGUGAUCUAUGAUUCCUUCAAAGUUAUGAUUGGACUGCCAACGACUGGUGGAGCGCCUGCUCCUACUACUGUCCCACUGGAAGGACUGGGAGAGCUAAAAGCCUCAGCCUGAAGUUCUAAACUUUGGCAGAGAAUAUACUUCUUCCGUCCAUAGCGUAUCCAUAGCGUAUAUUGGUGACUGCAACAGCACCUCAACCCCACCUCCGAUCCCACCACAAAGGAUUGUUUCAAGCUGGUGAAUUUUUUGAAUAAAAUGAGUUAUUACUGUAUGUUCUGAAUACAGAAUACGACAGGCAGAAGACUAGAAGUUACUAGACAUAAAAGUUGGAUGUAAUUUUUGGGUUCGUACUGAAUUGGCUCUCCUAGACGUUCAUUUGAUUGAUUGCACUAAAUUGUACAUGUGCUCUAAUGUGAAUGUAUUCAUAUUGCGCACACACCAUACCAUGUACUCGAUGGUUUGUCUCUGUGGAAUGAUGCUGAUUAAACAAACUAAGUAACAAACCAAACAGACAUGCAUGCCAGCA